AGUUGACUAAAUGAAUAAUUAUUGCAGCACUUCCGUUUUAACUUAUAAAACGCACAUGUAAAAGUCAAUCCUUGUUUUUAGCCUGUUUUGACAAUUUCAACAGAAUUAUGAAUGGAAGAAAAGAUAAUUCGACAUAUGGGUCAUAUGCCCCAUAUUCAGAACAAGACAUAAAUGUUCCAGUGACGGCAGGGCAAGGUGCUGUGGUGUCGCCAUACUUGAAUUUUAACCCAGCUUACAUACAGAAUCCUGAGUCUCAGUACAUAUACCCAGAGGGAGCCACAGGGCACCGGGGAAUGUGGGAAAAGAGUUUCGCUAUCAUAGGUUAUAGUGUUUUGACAGGAGGAUCAAUUGGGGCCAUAAAUGGUCUUCAUAAAUAUAGGAAAGAAUUAUUGUUAAGAGAAGCUGAAGGAGGACCCAAAAGACCCCAGUUAAGUGAAUAUUUCAAAGGAACUUCAUAUAAAAUUUUAAGAAAACAAGCAUUAACAGCAAUUUCUAAACAAAGUGCUUCUGGUGGACAGUCAUUUGGAAUUAUGGCUCUAUGGUAUACACUGGCUCACUUAGUCAUCAACAAAUCUACAGGAUCAGACAGCAAGUGGCAUUGUGUUCCUGCAGGAUUGAUGGCCGGCAUGUUGUAUCAGCUACCAGAUCAGAUUCUCCAGAAAGAUGGUGCUUCUGGCUCUCUUAUUAAGAAAGAGAUACCAUUUAUAAAGAAGACUAUCACUUAUGCAAAAGUUCCUCCGAUUGUUAAAGGCAUGGGGAUUGGACUAAUUCCUGCAAUGCUUGUGGCAACAGCUUCAAUGAUUGGGUUAGGAGAUCUCAUUUCGUGAUUUUAUAUUUUGUGAUUAUUUGAUACCUAAAAAACCAAAACGUUGUGACUGUGUUUAAUCAUGUAGAAGUCUGUAAUCAUGAACAGGCAUAUUUACCAGUGCACUCAAAGAUCACUGAGUGAUGAAACAAGUAUUUUUGAAAAAGAACUUUACCACAUAAAAUCUGAUAUUUGUUAAAGAUGCUUGUUGAUUGUUAUAUCUGAUAAGUUUUAAUAGCUAUAAAAAUAUAAUUUUCUAUGUACAUUUGUGUAGGUGCAUAGACUGAAAAAAUCUUUUCGAGGGUUUGAAAAUAUUUUAUAACAAAUGUGAACAAUUGAUCAUUAUACAUAGACUGUGAUGUGUAAGUGUGAACAUGCGAGUAUGUCAGAUUGUGAAUUGAAUUAUAGUAGAUACAUGUACAAUGUAUAUACUGGAGAGAAUGACAGAGAUGUGAGAUUACAUGUUUUAAAGUUACCAUAAGUUAUCAUUCAUGUGUGUUUCCUAUUGUAUGUGUGAAAGGGCAUUUGAUCAUUUGUUGAAUGGUAAAUACAUGUUGUAUUGACUGCUGCAGAACUGGCAAGAAAUACAAUCAUAUUUAAGUGUGAA